AUGGGCGCGCCUCUACUUGCGCUGCCUUCAAGUCAAGUCGGAUGCCUUCAAGUCAGCCACGGCGACCGGCAUCGUCACAGCGAGGAGGACGCGACCGACAGCUACCCCGUCAGCGGCUGGUUCUUGCUGUACGGCCCCGCGUCUUCUCACCCGGCGGGUGACAGUGUGCACCAGACCGGCACGAGCUACAGCUCCAACAACGCUGGCGAUGGGCCGGAGAAGACGCGCGACCGCAAGAGCUGGUUCCCGCGCUUCAAGUCCAAUUGGCUCGGCACGUUCCGGUCGCGGCAAAUGUUCGAUUGCUGCGAGUGCGCCGUGCUGCCGGCGUCCGCCAGGAGCUCACUCUCGAGUCAGGCUGGACGGUACAAGGGGGCUGAAGGCAAGCACUGCCGAUGUGGCAAGGACCAGUGGCACCUCGCCAAGUCCGUCGAGGAGACCGAGUACAAUCGCCGCAUGGAGAUCAGCAAAGCCUUUGGGGGUAUGCGCUACGAAGAGGCUGUGCUGCGACUGCGGAGCAUGGGCCAAUCCGAGCUGGACUUCAAGUCAUCCCGCCACGCGAUCCACGUGCACCGGUCGCCGGUUGAGCCGCGCAGCACGCACGACUUUGCCUCGUCCUUGUCGUCUUCCUCCGGUCUAAGCCUGCCCAAGCGCGUCCGAAGCGUGUCAAGCGGGCCGUUCCCUUCGCAGUUCAUGAAACCGGAACUGUCGUCGCUGGCAAGUCUGCCGUCACACACCUAUGGCUACGACAGCAAUCCGGCCAAGCAGUACAGCACCUACAAUCCCGCGUACAGCAACCACGGCGUCGAGUACGCGCACGCGGCGCAGUCGCGGCACUCAGCCGAGUACGAACACCUCACGACGGCCGCGCCGUACGGAGACGAAGAGUGCUUCGGUGAGCUGCUCGAAGGUAUUCUGGAGGACGACCACCGCGGGGCAGCGGGUGCACACUCCUCGGGUCUUAGUCCGAAUCGAGGCCAUGCGUACGCGGGGACCCGCUACAGCUACUACACAGGGGCUUCGGCUUCGACCCACAGCAGUGUCGCGCCGCUCAAGCGCACCAUGAGCAUGCCGUCAUACGCCUCGACUCCGUCCACAAUGGCAUCUCCGCGUCGUGACGGUGUAGGGCAGGAAUAUUCGGCUGAAGCGACUCGCCGGUCCAGCUUGAACCUCGGUGCGAACCAAGCACCGUCAUCGUACACGACAUACCACCCGGUCCUGCACCAGCAGUCCUCCUCGCAGCAGCAUUCCUAUCAUCAUCAUCAUCAUCAACCACAACCACAACAACAGCACCAACAACAGCAUCAGCAGCAACAGCAUCACAGCGCUUCAGAGCAUCACCAGCAGCAGCAGCAGCACUACCACGCGUUUAGUCGGCCGCUGUCCAUGACGUCCAAUACGGCGACUGCCGCGUCGACGGCGUUUUCAGCAUGA